AUGGAUCACGAGCCUUCUAGGACCCCUACGCAGCAUGACCGUCCCAAGGGCAGUGCGGGUAGAGGAAUCAACGAACCCGUCGUGUUCGAAGUCUUUGUUGAAGAGAACUCGAGCCAGGAUAUCGGCCCCUGGGCCUUCACCGUCUGGGUAGAGGCAAGGCACAAGGGCGAGGUCGUGGGGUUUUGUCUCGGCCUCUUGAUUAAGCGGGAAUGCAUCGAGGCACGGAAUGGGGUGAAGAAGCCGUUGAUGGAGGCCAUGUUGGCGCUCUCCGACUGCUUGGGCACCCUCUUCACAGCUCCGAAAGUUUUCCGCGAAGAUGGCGUUAUCCCCACCAAUGUCGUUGAUAUUUUGGAUGGAGGCCAACUGUUUCCCAAGCGUGAGUACGCCGCAAGCCUUGGAAAAGGUUCCCUGGAGCAACCGAUCAACCGUGCCUGGUUUCUCAUGCUCGGGGAUAUCCACGUCAACCCACAGUACCGCCGUCUUGGUAUCGGCGGGAACAUGGUCAGGCGGGCCCUUGAAAGGGUUUCUUGGGAGGCAUACCGGGCGAACCGCCCGCUCUUCGCCGGCGCUGGGCCUUCUCGUGUGGACCAUGGCAAGAUUGCAGCUGGGCCCGAAGAGCGCGAGGUGGACCGCUACGCCGCCCGACAGGCAGAGGUGUUCUGGCAGGUUGUGGGAUUCAGGAAGCACAAGGCGCCUGAUUUGGGGCUCCCAUGGGCCUGGCACUUCUGGGGCUCGGGUCAAUCUCUGCUGCUCGAGAAGAACGUCGUCGUCCCCGACCCACUCCCGCCGUUGCGCAAGGACCGGCCUCCGAUGCCCCCGCAGCUUGAGCUGAGCUCAUACAGACCUGUCGCGGACUCUGCCCGCUCCACUGCCCCGAGCCAGGCCUGGCCGCCUGUUCCUCCUUGGGCCCUCCAUCAACCUGGAGAUCUGGCAACAGCCCAGGGCUACGGUCUGUACAGUCCCUAUAUUACCCGUUCUGGGGUCAAUGCCGAGGCCCAGCCGUUACAAUCGCGACCUCUACCAACUCCACAGUCGGAUUCGCCAGAUGACAUCUCUCACUCAACGUCAUAG